UAAAUAUGAAUCGAAACUUGUAUCGACAGAGCCGUUUAAGAUAACUACUCGAAGAAACAUUUUGUCCCCGACGAAAGUCUCUGUGCUUGGUUUUUUUAAACCGUCCUCAACUUCGCAUUGGUAUCUCGGCGUAUGGCACCAUAGGUUUCCUCAGGAAGUGGUAUGGGUUGCGAAUAGAGGCAACCCACUCUCCGAGCCCAUUGGAACCCUAAAAAUCAUGGAUAACAACCUCGUUCUCCUUGAUCAACACGGUACCCGUGUCUGGUGGACCAAUGUGACCAGCACAAAUCUGAUGAAAGGGCUAGUGACUAGAGAGCUUCUCGACACCGGAAACUUUGUAUUGAGAUACUUCAACAACGACGACUUAUCAGCUGGGCUUUGAUUUUCCGACGGAUGCUUUAGUUUCCGGUAUGAAAUUUGGCUGGGAUGCCAAAUCAAACAUAAAUAGAGUUUUGAAAUCUUGGAGAAGCUUUGAUGAUCCUUCUCCCGGGGAAUACACAUACGGAGUGGAACGUCAUGAGCUCGCGCAAAGUUUCAUUCGGAAGAAAGGUGUGUCAACAUUCCGGAGUGACCCAUGGAAGACAAAAAAUGACGUAGAAUAUGAAAGUGGAAAUUUAACCUACACGACAUACCGCAUUACCGCGACCGAAGAGAAAGCCACCUAUUUCUUCAGUAUCACGAAUGAAUCCUUCUUCUCAAUAUUGAGAUUGUCCUAUACCGGUGUGUUGCAGCGGUCUACGUGGGUUCCAAAACCACAACAAAUGUGUAAACGACUAAGGGAUCGUGUUUUACCACAUGAUACAUGCGGUUCAUACAAUGUAUGUGGAGCUUAUGGUCUGUGUGACAUGGACACAUCACCAAACUGUGUUUGCACAUGGGUUUGA